CCACGAAGAACCUCGACCUCUUCGUACCAACACACCAAACGAUAUUCGACGAGCCUCGAAUAUUCUGAAGAAUACCUUAAUAUCAAAUACAUACGAUCGAUUGAAGGACUUCAGUACCUCCAAUACUCCGUCUUGGACAACGCGCAAACUCUUUUGCGCAGUGUCCUAAAAAAGCCGCAAUCAUGGGUAAGCGCUCCCCCUCACUAACCCUCCGUCGACUAUCGCAACACACGAUAUUACUGUCGCUGUGGGUCCGCAAGAUGUUGUGUAUAUAAUAGCUAAUUGUGAUUGUGCCAUAGCUCCCAAGAAGAAGGAACAGCAGAAGAUGUCCCUCGGGACCUUCUUGGCCGAUGAGAGUAUAAAUGCCUACCGUCCUCACACAAUGGCUUUUACAUACUGACAUCCAUGUAGAGUUAGGAUCAUGGGCCGAUGAGAUGGAGGAUAUGCCAGUUUGUAAGUACAUUCCAUUCCUAUGUCGUUGUCUAGCCCUGCUAAUUUCUGUCUCCCAGCCGGUACGUGAUUGCAAACGAGCAAACUGGUCAUGGCCAAUUGUGCAAGGAUAAAUGAUGACUGACUAGAAUAGACUCGCGUCCUUCUGGUUAUGGCGGAAGCAGCAACGACAGACGAACCUACAGCUCUACUACUGGUACUUAUGGCAACAAUGCCGGAGGUAAGUUCCUCAUCACCUUCCUUCGAGUUACUUUCUCAAUAUAAUCUAUAUUCUAAUUGGCAAUAGGUUAUUCCGUUCGUGAGGAACUUCCCCUCCCGGAUAAGCCACCUUACACUGUCCAUCUUGGAAACCUUUCCUUCGACGCCACCAUCGGCGAUGUUAACGAAUUCUUCGUCGGCUGCGAAUGUAUCAAUGUACGCAUCAUCGAGGAUAAAAUGGAAAUGAAGCCAAAGGGUUUCGGAUAUGCAGAGUUUGGCUCUUUGGAAGGCCUCAAGUCUGCCCUGACUUUGAACGGAACUCAAUUCCAAGGACGUAACAUCAGAAUUAGCGUUGCCGAUCCACGUAAGUUUAAUGCCCUUUGCAUUUUGGCUUUUCACUAAGAUAUGCUGCAGCAAAGGAUCGCGGUGACCGUCCGGAUGUACGGGAACUUGGAGAUUGGAGCAGAAAGGGGCCAUUGCCGGAUUUGCCAGGCCGUGGCGGGGAGCGUCGCACUUCGGAUCGAGGAUAUCAAUCCAGCCGAUUUGGCGACGAAGCCGGCGAACGUAGAUCCCCUCGUGAGCCCGAAAGUGAUGGCAAAGUUCGAGACUUUGGAAACUGGGAGCGAAAAGGCCCACUUUCACCCCUUGCACAACAAGAACGUGCUCCAAGAGAAGGCGGCAGACCACGAACCAACGAUGGACCCAGGGCUGAAGGUUUCAGAGACCGCAAAGCUUCACCAGCUGCUUGGGGUGAAGCAAGAUCUCAAGGUCAAGGCUCUGGUUCGCAAGAGGGAUCCAGACCACCCAGACACGAAUUCCAGGAGCGACCCGCUGUCGAACGUGCCCCAACCGCUGCCGAUCAGGACAACCAAUGGCGUAGCAAGAUGCGGCCAGACCCACCAGCUGCGCCAGCUGCGAAGUCACCCGUUCCAUCUCGUGAAGGCAGCGAGGCACCAGCUUCACCCGCCCUUGCAUCGGCCCCAGCUGGUGGUAGACCGAGGUUGAACCUCGCAAAGCGCACCGUUCCCGAGGUCCCUGCCGACUCAUCCUCCCCAUCUGCUACAGGAGAUGCAAAGGCAAGCCCAUUUGGAGCCGCUCGUCCAAUUGACACCGCUGCCAAGGAGAAAGAAAUUGAGGAGAAGCGACAACAGGCAAUUAAAGAGAAGAAGGAUGCCGAUGAAAAGGCGAAGCAGGAAAGAGAAGCUGCCAAGGCUAAGGAAGCUGAGAAUAAUGAAAAGAAGGUUGAAGUCAUACAACAUGAGGGUGGAGAAGCGACAAAGGAAGGAGAGAUAAUUGAAACUGAGAAUGCAAAUGGUGAGGUAGUCGACGAUAAGGCUGUCAAACCAAAAGAGAUUGUAAGGGAUGCUAGAUCAAAACCGUCCGAUACUGGUGCUUGGAGACGUCCAUCUUCUGGGCCUAAACCUCCCAGGGACGACAUUCCAAGAGGACCAAGGGGUAGGGGUGAUGGUCACCAUGCCCCAAGAGGCUCAAGACACAACGAUAGUGGAAGAAACUACAGGCAAAACACAAAUGGUGGUGGACAAAAUGCAACCGCACCAGCCGAGACCCCUGCUGCUGCAACUGAAACUGCAGUUAUGGAAGAGGAUGGCUGGAGCACCGUGUCCAAACCCAAGAAAAACAAUCGUGGUGGCAAUGCAGGCCAACGUGCUAUUGCUUCUUAGAUAUCACUAUUUUGAGAGGCGUCAACGAAAUAUUGACAAACCGAGCAAGCAUUCUCGGUGCACUGAGCAUCUAGUGUCAUAACUCUGAUGCUUUUAAAUGGCAAAAAGCAUAAUUUUCUGUUCUCCAAUUCUCAAAACGAUUUCCUUUGGCGUUGGAUCUGCAUAAAUCUUUGUGUCUAGAUUUUCAUUAUUCCCAUGUUUAGCCUCACUGGCCCGGAACGAUACCAUAGCCUUGCAUCAUACGAAAAGCUUUUCUGGAAUCCACUACUCCUCCAUACUAGUAAUAUCUAGAUUGAAUAUGGAGGGCCUAUGCACAAAUGUUUCUUUGGCGCAUGGUGUUCCUGACUGACAUGUUAGACUACCUGUCAUCUCAUACACUUGGGUCUGUUCGGGUCUUUUGUGUGUUUUGCUGGUCUACUCUCCUGUUUUUCCAAAAAGUAAAUUUGGGCAUCGAAAAGUUAUCUAUUUCUGGGGAACAAUUAAUUGUCCUCGCAAUUUCCAUGUUCAUACAGCUAUUUACUUGCCGUCACUCUAUCGUCUUUCUGACUUUCGACAUAUCUGCACAUGGCAGCCGAGGGUGAUGAGAAGGAAUUGAUGAUGAUGUGGCAUGAGAUGGCUAUAAGUCUAAGAUAAUUAGAUGCUCUUUUGUGGUUUCCUUAUUGUUGCAUUUGUAGUGGUACUUUAAGAUUGAUAUUGUGCAUUAGAAUAGGAGAUGAAAGGGAGGGGAUCCAUGAAUAAGGCCAUUUAUGACGUUAAAUGUGAACAAAUAUCAAAAUUCUAACGAAAUUACCAAUCAAGCAUCUCAGAGAUUCUUGUCAGGAGCAAGUG